AUGGCUUCGAUGGGUUCUGUGUUUAAUUAUGGGCAACUGGCCCGGUCAGCCCGGGUCAGUGUCCUCGUUGUCCCCCGGCGUCCGCUGAGCUACACGGUCCCCCGUCUCGCCGAGGAGGAUAAUUCGAACCACGGUGCGAAGGCCGAAUCUGCGGUGACCAACUCACCGCUGUCGUCGAUCAAGAACUUCUUCUUUGGUGGGAGAAAAGGUGCUGCCAAGCCGACUGUUGCCCGCCGGGCGACACCCGCAAAGCGAGAGGGCUCGCUGAGCGCCGAUUCGAUUUUCGCCGAGGAUGACACCUCACCGAAGCUGAUCCCCAAGGGCCGGACGCCCGCGCGGAAGGGUGCCGCUGGGGAGGUGCAGCCGGAGGAGGAGGCCGCCGAGGCUAUCCGCACCUUGGAACAGCGGGACCGCACGAACAUGGGCUCGGUGCUGGACCCGCGGCCGCACGCCCGAGUGCGGUGGGAGAAGAAGAUGGUGAUCCGAGAGAUCCGGCGUCGGGGCCGUCUGAGCAAGGCCGAACAGAUCAUGCGGACGGAGCGCGAGUCGCUGUCCAAGUCGCACUGGUUCAAGACCUCGACCAAGAAGCUGGGCCCGCUGGCGCGCCAGAUCGCCGGGAAGAAUAUCGACGAUGCGAUUGUGCAGAUGCGGUUCAGCAAGAAGAAGGCCGCCAAGGAUGUGCUGGAGCACUUGAAGCAUGCAAAGAACGUUGCCACCGUGCGUGCCGGUAUGGGUCUGUCCAGCGGCAAGACCGGCAAGCCCACCACCAUCACCCUCAAGUCUGGGGAGCGCAAGACCAUCACCGACCCGACCUCCAUCUACAUCGAGCAGGCGUGGGUUAACCGCGGGCCGUACGGUGCAGACUUCGACCACCGCGCCCGCGGCGUGAUCAACAUGCUCCGCCCCCCGUAUACCUCGUUGUCGGUGGUGCUGAAGGAGGAGAAGACGCGCAUCCGCGAAUGCCAGGAUCGUGAUGCCAAGGAACAGCGCCGGCGCAGAGAUCAGCUGUGGACGGCCCUGCCGGACCGCAAGAUCACGGGCCAGAGUCAGUAUUACAGCUGGUAA